GACGUACUAGGACCGGGUUCACACCACGUGGGUAUGAUCCGGAAGAGCUUGGUGCACACGCUUUCAUAAUGAACGAAACCUGUCGUUUGAUAACUUGCCAUACAUGUUCGUUUUUUCAUUGCGAUUUGGUCUGAUCCCCUGUUAGUUCGUAAUUAGCGAUGCUGCGUUUACCCGCCGUGCUGAAGCAGAUGCGCCCUGCAUGCCACGCCCUGGCCCCCCGCCUCACCCGCUGCUACGCCAAGGACGUGAAGUUCGGGGCCGACGCCCGCGCGCUGAUGCUGCAGGGCGUGGACCUGCUGGCUGAUGCCGUCGCCGUCACCAUGGGACCCAAGGGUCGCACGGUCAUCAUCGAGCAGAGCUGGGGCAGCCCCAAGGUGACCAAAGAUGGUGUGACGGUGGCCAAGAGCAUCGACCUGAAGGACCGCUACAAGAACAUCGGGGCCAAGCUGGUGCAGGACGUGGCCAACAACACCAACGAGGAGGCCGGCGACGGGACCACCACGGCGACCGUCCUCGCCCGCGCCAUCGCCAAGGAAGGGUUCGACUCCAUCAGCAAGGGCGCCAACCCCGUGGAGAUCCGCAGGGGCGUCAUGCUGGCGGUGGAAACCGUCAUCGGCGAGCUGAAGAGGCUCUCCAGGCCCGUCACCACGCCCGAGGAGAUCGCACAGGUGGCCACCAUCUCUGCUAACGGCGACGCCGAGAUCGGCACUAUCAUCUCCGACGCCAUGAAGAAAGUGGGGCGGAAGGGGGUGAUCACCGUGAAGGACGGGAAAACCCUGCACGACGAGCUGGAGAUCAUUGAGGGAAUGAAGUUCGACCGCGGCUACAUCUCCCCCUAUUUCAUCAACACCGCCAAAGGUCAGAAGUGCGAGUUCCAGGACGCCUACCUCCUCCUGAGCGAGAAGAAGAUCUCCAGCGUGCAGAGCAUUGUCCCCGCACUGGAGAUCGCCAACCAGCACCGCAAGCCGCUGGUCAUCGUGGCCGAGGACGUGGACGGAGAGGCCCUCAGCACGCUGGUCCUGAACAGGCUGAAAGUGGGGCUGCAGGUUGUCGCAGUGAAGGCUCCAGGGUUUGGGGACAACAGGAAAAACCAGCUGCAUGACAUGGCCAUCGCCACUGGGGGUGCUGUGUUUGGGGACGAGGCGGUGGGCCUGGCCCUGGAGGACAUCCAGGCGCACGAUUUCGGGAAGGUGGGCGAGGUGGUGGUAACCAAGGACGACACGAUGCUGCUGAAGGGGCGGGGCGAGGUGGCCGCGGUGGAGAAGCGCAUGGCGGAGAUCGCCGAGCAGCUGGAUACGACCACCAGCGACUACGAGAAGGAGAAGCUCAACGAGCGGCUCGCCAAGCUGUCCGACGGCGUGGCGGUGCUCAAGGUCGGGGGCACGAGUGACGUGGAGGUGAACGAGAAGAAGGACCGGGUGACGGACGCGCUGAACGCCACGCGCGCCGCGGUGGAGGAGGGCAUCGUGCCGGGAGGCGGCUGCGCUCUCCUGCGCUGCAUCCCCGCGCUGGACGCCAUCACGCCCGCCAACUCCGACCAGAAGACCGGCAUCGACAUCAUCCGGCGGUCGCUGCGCAUCCCGGCGAUGACCAUCGCCAAGAACGCGGGCGUGGAGGGCUCGCUGGUGGUGGAGAAGAUCCUGCAGGGCGGCAUGGACCUGGGCUACGACGCCAUGCAGGGGGAGUACGUGGACAUGGUGGCCAAGGGCAUCAUCGACCCCACCAAGGUCGUGAGGACCGCACUGCUGGACGCGGCGGGCGUGGCUUCCCUGCUCUCCACAGCCGAGGCCGUCGUCACGGAGAUCCCGAAGGAGGAGAAGGAGGCGGGAAUGCCGGGCGGAAUGGGGGGAAUGGGCGGCAUGGGCGGAAUGGGCGGGGGCAUGUUCUAAGCCCCGCCCCCUCUCGGGAACCCUCUGCCAGACUUAAUGUGGGGGUGGGCGGGGGCCAGGUGGGGCCCCCGCCCCCUCCCCCCCCCCCCUCGAAACCGCUGGACUCCGAUAGCAAGUUUGUCGAAGUGGAGGAAGAUGCAAGCGACCCCCACCACCUCUGGCCUGGCCUUAACCCCCCCUUUUCCUAAAUACCUGAAGACUGUGACCCAGGCCUACCUGUGCCCCACUCCCCAAAUUAACCCCCCCCCCCCCCCCCCCCCAUAAUCCUACUGUCUCACACAGACGCAUGGAGACGGCACUCUGUUUGCUUGGGCAGUGAUGUUAUCUUGCUGUUCGUAGGCACUGGAGGUCCCACAAGCGUCGAAAAUGUACAAGUUCUGAUUUCUAUAAUUUUAGUUUCUGUUUUCAUGGAAUUGGUUGUUCUGGUGAGUUUUGGGAAGUGUUAACCUCAUUUGUCAGAGCACUAAAUGCAGUAUGUGUGUGCGCGUAGUAUUCCCUUUUGCUACACCAAGCCUUGUUUAAGAUUUGGGGUGGAGCUGCCAAGCACAGCUAGCCUCAACGGCCAGAAGGAUUUUUACAGAUCAGAGAGUUGUUCUUGUAGCCAAACUUCAUUCCAGGUCCCAGGAUAAUUAAUUAAUCUCAUGAUCAUGUUCCUUUUUUUAUACAUGUAUAUUAUGUUUUGUUUUGUAUUACCCUCUGUUGUCCCAAUUUUCAGUUGUCCGGUACUUGCAAUUCCGGCUGAGAAUCUAUUAAAUAUGUUUAAUUGCUUGUCUGUUGGCAUGGUUGGUGAUGAUUGUGUCCAAAACCUGGGAUUUGUCAUCGGCAACACCAGAAGCUCUAAAUAAAAUAAAAAAAGAUUAGUUUGAUCUCACUUCAUUUAGAUAUUGGCCGAGAAGGCAAGGAACUCCUUUACUGUUAAAGUGCGUUUUCCCUGCUGUACAACUAUGGAGCUGUUGUGGUGUGCGGGUCACUGACAUCUCGACGCCCACAACUGCAAGGACGAACGUCUAAUUUUAGCCGUUUCUUUGCUUACCAAAUUAGCAAGGGUAAAAGCGCAGGGAACAGUGGUUACCCUCGUAUGUUCGUUGUCCUGAAAUUUUAAGCUCGCCAUUUCAAAUUGAAUAAAAAUCUGCUGGUCUUCAGCAUUUAUGAGGAAAAUUUUGACCUCAGAAAAGGAAA